AAAUCAAGCGUGACUCACCUGGUUUACGAAAUAUUUCCCGUUUUGUCGAGCGUGACAUAGUUGUUUUUGGUAUGCAAAUUCCUCGCAAACCGUUUGUAGAUUGGUCGUGGAGUCUUUUAUAAUAAGUGGCCAAUCUUGCCGUUCUCACGGGACUGCCCACGUCGGUGUAUCACAUUAGACGCUGAAUGCCAUAUCAGAUAUUUGCGUUUCGCUAUUUAGCCGUGGCUUGCGGGAUUGUGGUAAGCGGCUGUCACAGCGAAAUGUUGUAAACAUCUUGCAGAAAUUGAACUCCAAACGGGGACAGCAGUGACAAAGGUAAAUAACGUUCCAACAUGUCGGACUCCAGGGAUGCUAUUUCACUGAAUCGAGGAUCGAGUGCUCGACCGAAUGAUCGUGAUGCUCCGCGCGAUUCUGAAGAGUACACAUACGUUUUGGAAGUCAAUAGAGAGAAAUCAGACCUUGUUUUGGAGACAAAGGACUCGACUACCACAGAGGAAACGAUCAGAUUUGAUGUUGAAGAGCUUCCGGCCGAAGAAGAUUUCAAAUCACGCUUCUUUGAGGCACAAGAUAGGUUAGGUGAGCUUGAACAGGAGUUAAGAAAUACACGCGAGCGGCUUCGCAACCUCGAGGACGCGUGUGAGAACACCGAGGAAAAGAUAGGUGUGUUAAAAAACGCGGCGUUUUCUUAUCACAGAACGUUCUCGGAGCACGAAAUUACUGUCAAGACGGUUGUGGAGGAAAAUAAGCUGUUGAAAAUUACCAUAGAAAAGCUCGAGGCGACAGUUCGUAUAUACAAAGAGGAACAAGAGAAAGCCGAAGAAAUCAAGAAAGACAACGAGAAUUUGCAGAAUCUGCUCGAUGAGGCAAGAAAGGAAAACGACGAAUUGCGUGACGCCAAGCCCCAGUAUGAUUCAGGUGAUGACGAGAAACAAUGUAAACAUUAUGGUCGUGGUGACGAUGAUUUGACGCAAGAAAUGGAGUCCUUGAAACUCAGGUAUGACGAAAUUGCCACGGAAAAUGACAAACUGCAGCAGGAGAGGGAAGAAUUGCGCAAGGAAGUCGACGAUCUGGAGGAGAAGUUGAAGGGCUUGCAAAUUAAAUUGUCGGCUGAUGAUGAAAUCAUCGAGGAGAUGAAGAAGCAAAUUGUGGACUAUCACGCGCAGGUGAGCGAUUCAGAGGACAACUGCGACAAAAGUCGAGCGAGGAAUAUCGAGCUUGAGAAGGAACUGUCCGUUGUGCGAGGCCUUGUUGCAGAAUUGGAAAGCAAGUUGGAAGCCGAGAAAGACAGCCGCGAAAGCUUGAUCCGUGAAGGCACCAACAGACUCGAGGUUCAAAACAAGAAGAUUUCGCAGCUGGAGAUGAAUCUGAAAGAAGUCUGCAAAGAAAAGGAACUUCUGUACUUGCAGUUCGUCGAUAGUAAAAACAAAACAGAGAUAGACUCCAAACAGUGGACCAAGCAACUGAACGAAUCUCACGUCCGAGCAGAACUCUUUAAGAAGGAGGUUUCUGACAAGGAAAAGACCAUUUCCGCGUUGAGGGCGGAAAACGAAGACUUGAAAGAUGAUAUGGCUUCGCUACAAAGGCAACUUGAAGACGCUCGAGACCGAGAUCAAGAGGACGGAGACGAAGAACGAAGAAGGUUGAUGAGAGAAAAUGAAGAGUUGACCCAAGAGCUGGAACAACUCAGAGACGAGGUGAUCUCCUUACAAAGCGAACUAGCCGGCCACAUCAUACAAGGUGCUCCAUUGGCCGUCGAUGAGGAGGACUUGAGUGACGACUACGACUUUAAUAAUGAAGAGCGUAUUGUGGCUGUCGGAGCAACUCCAAGUCUUGCUGCGUUGCCAAAGGAACCUGAAGAUUCGUGGUCCAGCCAAGACUACUCUAAGUCUCAAAUACAGGAACUCGAAGAGCUUCUAGGACGCACCAAGAGAGAGAAAGAACAAGUCGAACAAUGCCUAGAGGAAUCCGAGGAAAGAGCCAAGAAAACUACAGAUGAGCUUACCAAGACCAUCGAGCAUCUGAACGAACGAUGUGAGGAGAUGAGAAAAGAGUUAGUAGAGAAAGAAAUGAUCAUAAAUAACCUGCGCAAAGACCAGGCCCAGGACAAAAACAUCAUAGAAGACCUGGAAGAGAAGUUACGAGAACAUGAGUACAUCGAGAAAGAGUUGGAAAAGGCCAGGCAAGAACUCAUUGAACUGAAGUCACAAGAUUCCCAAGACGAGCUUAUCGAGGAGUAUGAGAAGUUGAAAGACAGAUACGACAAGGUUCUGGAAGACGAAAAGAAAUUAAAAGAAGAGAAGGAAGACCUUACCAAGCAGAAAGAAGACAUUGAUGACGAGCUCAAAGAAAUGAAAGAGAGAUUUGAGAAAGGAAAAGAAAUGUACGGGGACCUGUGCGACGAGAACGAUGAUUUGAAGAAAGAAAAUAAACAGUUGAAGGACGAAGUGUCAGAUCUGAGCGAAGAACUGAAGGAGGAAGAAGACUUACACAUCACUGAGAGAGGCAAAAUGCAAAGCAAGAACAAAGAUCUGGAGGAGAAGGUUCGUAAGCUGGAGGCCGAGCUAUAUGACUUGAAAGCCAAGCUAAAAACAAAAGACGAUGAGAACUGGAAGCAAAAGCACGACGAGCUAAAACGAGAGAAGAGUUCCCUUCAAAUGGAGAAGCAACGACUGGAGCGAAACUUGGAGAGGAAGGAAGAUGAACACGAGCAAACGAAGUCCAAAUAUGGCAAGGUUCGACGAGAGUUAAACGAUGCACAUAGCGAGACUGCCACACUGCGACGUCAAGUGUCCGAACUAAAACUCGCCAAGGAUGCUGGAGAUCUGGAGAAAGAGCUAAAGAAACUCAAAGACACUUCAAGAAAGAAAGAGGAAGAGUGUGAACGGUAUCUAGAAGAGCUUGAACAGCUAAAGAGAUCCUUGCAUCGGCAGGCGAGCGAAGACGGUUGGCAGGAAAAGUUUGAGUCUCUGAAACUCAAACUAGACGAGGUUGAAGAUGAGAAAGAUUCCUUGCAGAAGGAGAAGAACAAUCUUCAAAGCGAGCUCCGGAAAGAUUCAGAAAAACUCGCGGAAGUUGAGAUAAAGCUGAGUCAGGCCAAUAUGGAGAUUGAAGGUCUGAGCAAAGAUUUUGACAAAUCGCACACAAGGAUCACUCAUCUCGAAAUCGAGCUUCAAAGAGCUUCUAAACAAAAACAACAGGCUGAAGAGCAGGCCAAAUGGAUCAAGAAAGAACUAUUGACCAGAGAAGACACGAUCAGUAAACUUGGAAAAGAGCUGAGUGAAAAGAACAAGAUGAUGGAAGAAAUGGAUGACGGUGACAAAGACAACCAAAUCAUCAUGUUGGAGAGAGAGAUUCAACUGCUACAGAGCCGAAUACCAGCCUCCGAGAAGGACGAAUCGGUUCUGCACACUCGGAUCCGGUUCUUGGAGGACAACGUGAAGGAAGUUCAAGAAAAGCUCGAGGGAAAAACAGUUCAGUUAGAUGAAUGCGAGAAGAAAAACGAAAAGCUCAGUGUUCACGUGGUUGAACUAUCCAAAGAAAUCCAAUCUCUGUACAAGCGUUACGAGGUGAGUCGCGCACAGGUUGCUGAACUCCGGGCUGGUGUGCCUGUGGUACCAGACAAGUCAGAAACAACGUCUCUAACCAUCGAUGUCCAAGGAAAACCGGAAGUCGAGUUGGGAGUGUCCGUUCAAGAACGCGUUCGAAGCCGAGUUGUUACCCCCGGUCUAAGCCGCAGCAAGUCUGAGCUGGAGAUUUCCGUCAGUCAGCUGCCAGGUACAGUCAUCAUUGGAGAGCCUGUCGGAGUUACCGUGGACCACAAGCCAGAGGGAAGCUUUGUGGUGACUCAUCCAUUAGAGCUGUACGCUUCUGAACCAGAGGACAACGAUGGAGAGAGUUUAUCUCAAGAAAGUGAAGAAGGUGAUGUUCCACCUGUGGUUUUCUCGGCGCCAGAAGUUGAAAGCGCUCCUCCGCCGCCAUCUUAUUCAGUUCCACUCACCCAACCUGAGAGAAUUCUCAUCAGCGCUCAGGCCUUGCCCAGGCCUCAGAUUCCCAAGAGUAUAGAUCCAGAUAGGUUCCCUUUUAUUAAGGGCUCCGCUGUGCGUCUUAAUGCAGGAGCCUUUAAACCGGUGCCAAACCGCAGCAAUGACCAACCUGACGUGUAUCCGGAUGAAGGCUUGGCUGAUGAACAACUGGAACCCAAGGGACGAUUCAGAGCGCUGAGUCGAGAGGAACAGUUUAAAUUGGAUGGUCUUCUGCACGCGCAUGCUCCACACCAUGAUGUACCUGACGAAUACAAUCAGCCCCCAGAGAACGGCGUUGAUAAAAGGGACGAGUUUUACCCCAGGGGAUUAAACUACCAAGAUGGCGAAGCAUGGCCCGAACCCCCAUCAAACGAAUGGGGAGGAGAGGAGCCCCCACUGCAGCCGCCUCAGGAGGCUCAAUCGUACGAGAGUGCCCCCAGUGGGGAGUAUCCUGACGACAAUGACCGUCAACUAGAAGAAUAUCCGGAUCCAUACACAGUGCCCCCGCGGAAACCCGAGAGUUCCUACAAAAGGAGAAUAAUAGGCGUCUACGAUAAUGAUGGAAACUUGAUCGGGUACCAAGAAGUUUAUGAAGAAAUAACCGAUGAGUACGUGGACGAAAUGAGCGGAGGAGUUGUGCCGUACCCAGAACCCCACGAAUACAGAGAGGCGCCCCACCCAUACGAAACUGAACAAUACCCCUCGGAGAACAUUCCUUAUACUAACGGUUCAAGAGAACCUUUGGAAGUUGACUCGCAGUUUUACGAUAGAAAUCGCAAUUCGACCGAAGACCCGUGGUACAGUCAUGAAGCAGAAGAAGAUCGAGGCUUUGCUAAAAGCAAAUACAAUACAGAAAACGAUCCGAAUUGUAGACACGGUUAUGUGGAUCCCUACGGCCAUAUUAAUGGAAAGCGCGCACGGCACGAUGGGCCCUCAAGAAUAUCGAGCCAGUACGCCGGUGGAACUUACCUGUAGGUGAACUGAUUCAGACUGUUACAACUAUGUAACGCGUUAGAAACAUUUACUUAAUAUUAUGAUAAUGAAUAGUAGAGUGUUUGGGUAAUGCUGUUUCGUGAUCUUGUCAAUUAAAAACAAAUUGGUCGUGGUAGAUGCCAGAAAUGGACACAGCUUGACGAAUUCAGCUUCUGACUGCUGAUGUACAGAAAUGAAUUGUUUAGAAGUUUAAAAAAUUAAGAAGAUUUGUAUUGGAAAAAGUUGCUGGAUUACCAUACAAAUCCUACUAAUUUCAAACUACCAGAAAAUUUCGUGCAAAGUUCAGUGGUCUGGAAAUUUGCGAUUCACGAUCUUUCAGUGGCCAAUUUUCUUUAAGAGGCGUGAUUGUAAUUGUAUUCAUCAAAACAAAUAUCUAGUCCAAGAUGAUGAAUACAACUACCAUGAUUCCCUGCAGGCGCAUUUAUAGAAAGAAUUCGGCAUUUCUGGCAUUCAAUUCGAUUUACGACCAUUUGGUAUGAUUGACAGGGUCACGCGAAAACUGUACUUCAAUAGACCUGUUACUGAAUGCUUUUUGGUAAUGUUAAUAGUCUGCAAAUCUAUGUGCGGAUUGGCGUAGAGUUAUUAGGCUAAAAACACGCUUCUAGUUUGGCUGUGAACAAGAGGGGAUAAGAAAUGUUUACCUGUUACCCAAAAGUGUGGAAAUUUAUAUGGGCAAUGAAUGGUUAGCAUCCAAAAUUUGUUUUGCAGUCUAAAAUGAGCUUCAUAUAGUACAGGCAAAGCACGAUGCAAAGGGACAAAUACCUUUUUCUACUGGAAUCCAGUCUCCUGAAUCGUCUCCUGGAAAUCUUCACAAUCUUAUUUUUAAGUGAACAGAGGAACCUCGCCCGCCGUUUUGGCGGGAACUUUUUGGGCUGCUCUUGGAGAUCCGAUAGAGUUCCUGUGAGUGCACGGCGAUUUACCCCUUCUAUUGUAAGCGACGGAAAAUCUUUGAGUUCCGGAUGAUGCAGUCAUUAUUAUAUAAUAUGUCGAAUUCUCGCAUUUUGAUUGGUUCUUAAUUACGAUUAAUUGAAGGACAGACGCAUAGAUGACGUCAUUAACAGUU